UGUCAAACUUGACCUCAGAUAAACACGAAUAAACCAUAGAUUUCCGGUGUAUUUUUUACACCUUCUAGAGAAUUUUCUAAUAUGCCACUUGUCAAAAUCGAUCUUAUAAAAGGGGUCAGAACACGAGAGGGGAUUCAGAAGCUAAGUGCUACCAUCCAGCAAGUUAUGAUUGAGAGUUUCAGUGCUCCCAAACAAGAUCGCUACCAAAUUAUUACCCAGCAUGAAGACUAUGAGAUAAUUUGUGAGGACUCCGGGUUGGGCUACUCUCGUAGUAAUCAGCUAGUCAUUAUUCAAAUCUUUCAGCAAGGCCGAGAUCAACAACAGAAGAAAGAUGUGUAUAAAGCCCUACAAAAAAGCCUUCACUCUGAAUGUGGUGUUUCUGGUGACGAUCUUAUUGUAACCUGUGUUGAAAAUAGUCGGGCUGAUUGGAGUUUUGGGAUGGGAGAAGCCCAAUUUCUUACGAGGCAGCUAUAA